AUGUGUAAAGUAUUUAUUUUGAGAAAAAUUAGCGACAAGUUACGGAUAAAAAUAAUUUUCUAACGAUAGAGAAGCGGACAAAAAUAAAAGUCUGUUUAGUGAAAUUUUGCUUUGGUGACAGCCGUGACAGUAACAAUGACAUGUUACUAAUAAUUUCAAAGCGAUCCUGUUGGUAACAGUAAUAGUAGCAGAAGGCUUUCAAUAUUGACGCACAUUGACGCUUAUCGAGAAUCUCGUAAUCGUCGAAGACUGAAAAACUCUGCUGUCAAAUUCAAAGUGAUUUUUUCGGGGGAAACAUCUCACUGCAAUUACUCGUGAAACAAUGUCAGAUACGAUAAUAGACGAAAGAGUAACUGACGAAAUUGAAGCUUUACGGGCGAUUCUACUCGACGACGAGUUGAAUAUCAAAGAAAAUGACAGAGGUGAGCCAGAAUGUAUUGAAACAGUGUUAUUUCCUUCGACUGGUGAAGACUCUCAAUCGCAAUAUGUUUGUGUAACACUAAUUGUUCAAUUACCCACGGGAUAUCCUGACACAUCACCUACUAUUAAUCUUAGAAAUCCCAGAGGAUUGGACGAAGAAACAGUGAGGCUGAUGCAAUCGGAUGCAGAAGCAAAGUGUAAAGAUUUUAUAGGGCAACCAGUCAUGUUUGAACUCAUUGAGUUAAUAAGGGAACAUCUUACAAGGAGCAAUCUUCCUACGGAUCAGUGUGCCAUAUGUCUCUAUGGUUUUCGAGAAGGGGAUGAAUUCACAAAAACGGAAUGCUACCAUUAUUUUCAUUCGCACUGUUUGGCAGCACACGUUGCAGCUACGGAACGAUAUUAUAGAGAAGAACAAGAAAAACUGCCACAGUGGCAACAAGAUUCUACUAAUAAGUUCCAGGCCAUAUGUCCCGUAUGUCGAGAAUCGAUCAAUUGUGACGUCGAUAAUCUAUGGACUGCACCACCUCCAAUCGACGUUGAAGCCGCAACAGAUUUUUCAGUUACUGCAGAAUUGAAAGAACUGCAGAAACAAAUGGCAGCAUUGUUUCUAAGGCAACAACAGAGGGGUGGAAUAAUUGAUUUAGAAGCUGAAGGUGUAAAAACGCUGGUAAGAACAGAAGAUGAGUCUGGUGCUACUACAGAAGGACUCAAUCCACCAGGGACUAGUUUGAAUGCAUACUCGAAUCAAACUGUGCAACCUGUUCACUCGAUGCAAUUGCCGCAGACAAAGCAGCCCUCGCACCAAACGCAAAAUCAUUCUCAUUAUCAAUCGCGUCAAUUACAUAAUAAUUAUCAUGGGCAUAAUAAUCACGGACAUCGAAAUAGAGGUCGUGGACGAGCUCAUUACCGUCGCCAACUUGACAAAGUUAGACAAACGGAAUCUACUCCCAGAUGACAAUGGGUUCGAGAUAAACUGUUUACUGUCUGGUCUAUAAUUUCGCUAAGUGUACACAAUAUGAUUAACAUGAGUAGUAUAAUUAUUAAUGUAUUAUAUAAUAACUGUUCAAUUUCGAAUCACUUUCACGUGAUAAAGUUAUAGGUAUUGUCGUUCGGCAACAUUCCCGUUGUAACGAUGUACGAGGCGUGUUGAAACUUCCGAGGUCUAUCUGUGUAGACUGAAGCCAUGGUGCUCUUUUUAAACGAUCGCAAUCGUACAAAGUUCAUUGGUUUCUUUUUUUUUAUAUAGGUGUGUAUACAGAGCUAUAACUACUAUAGCGAAUUAUAAACAAAAAGAAAAGAGAAGGAAAUACGCAAUCAAAUGUUACACUAAAACUAUUUUAUACCAGUGGUUUAGAAUGUAAUAAUGUAGGAGCAUACAAAAAAAUAAUACGUAUCAUUUUUAUUAUGUAGUUUUUACAAUCAUAUUUGAGUGCGCUUCUCGAUUUAUAAUACUCAUCUUCGCGUUAUCACGUAUACCAAUAAUAUUAUAGGUCGUGACAUAUAACAGAGCAGACAUGGAUCAGUGUUUAAACAGAUAAUAACUUAACCCUUUUAAAAGGAACGAAAAUUUAACGCGUACAUUCGCAGGCAAUGUAAAUCUUUAGAAAAAAAAUAUGUAAUGCUAUUAUAUCUCAAGUUUAACAUACGAAAUAUACCUUUCAAGAGUUGGGAAUUUUGGUUUAAUGCAUGAAUCAACCACUACUUCUCGAAAAAUGUUUUUUCUUCGUUUUUGUAUUGGCAUAUUUGGUCGAGAACGAAAUUUAUUGUAAAUAUUUCUUUAUUGUAUGAAAACAAGGGUACUAUUAAUUUAAAAAAAAAAAAACAUUUUUACAAUUGUGUUACUUCUGGAAGGAUACAAAAAUAUAAUAAGACCAAAAUUAAAAAGUAACGAAAAUUAAUCAUUCCAGUAUGAAUAAAUGAAAUCAUUGGUUUUAUUUAUUUCUUAUAAAAGCAACUGUAUUAUGUUAUAAUUUAGAUAUUAUUAAGACUGUUGUAAUCUAAAAAAAAUAACUAAAAUAGCAAGCACUUUUACAACACAUAGAAAAGUUUCAAUGUUUGCAAAGUCGUUUAAGUUAAUAGGCUAAUGACUCUCUACUAUUUUAAACGAAGAAGAAAUGAAAUAGUUAACGACUAUGUGAUUUUACGUAUAUUUUGCAAAUAGUAGUUUUUAAGUUAAGGAUUCUGUUUCAUUUGACAGUAUAUAUUAAUAUUAAAUACCUUUAUUUCGAAAAUACAGGAUUUCGUUAAUUCGUGCAAUUUAUUUACAGCUUCUAAUGAAACAUAGGACUAUCCUAAUAAAAUUUAUUGAUGUGAGAAAUAUUAUUAUUAAAUUUAUAAUUAUAGUACUGUGAUGUAAAUAUUCAUUGCAUAUUUAUUUAUUUUUUGUAUACAUUAAAGUAAAAUUAUUCAUUUUUAUUGAAAUAUUUUUCUUUGCUAAAUUUUUUUUUUCUUCAAUGUAUGUAUACAUGGUGGGCCUUUUAGAAAUAGAAACACAGAAUCUAUCUCCAUUCCUUAUACAUGUUAUACAACAGUUCGAAGGUCACGUAUAUUAUUUUUAAAGGCACCUUAAAAAGAAAGUUUUAUUAUUUUCAUUAUAUCCAUUUUAAUUUUAAUUUUUUCCAAGGAUCUUUUAUUUAACUGAAUAUACCUAUCAAAAGAGGGUAACUUUAUUGUUUCUUUCUUAUUUUACAUCAUAUUCGUCUGUGAUACUUUGAAACGGAAAACUAUAAUUCAGUUUUUUACUGUACUAAUUUUAUAAAUAUGUAUAUACAUAAAUAAUUUUUAUCCUAAAAGUUGAAAGACAAAACGAUCAUUGUAUAUUUAAGACUGCAGAAAUUUUACAGUAUCGAUUUUCCUUUCUUAUAGGAAUUCUUUUACAAAAAUGUUUUAUAAAUGCAGCAGUAAAAACUAAGUUUUCCAUAGAUAAAAUUGUAAUGUAAUUCGAAAUAGAGUUACUUAUAACAACCUCUACUGUGUUCUUGAUAUUACGUAUGCGUAAAAUGUAAUAAACAGGUUAAUUUAGCAAUUUAUUAACUCAACUCCAAACUUUUGUUACUAAUUAUAAUUUGUAAUAUAUUUAUUCUAUUACUUUAUAAUUCUUAUAAUUUUUUACCAUCAGAAUGCUUAGUUUAGUUUUAAAAUGCAAUUGUUUGAACAUUUGUUUUAACAUAAUAUUAUUAUUGUGCAUCGAUUAAUAAAUAAAUAUAUUACUUUCGUGUCGUAUUGAU